AGGAAACUCAUGGCUGCGAUCACCCACCGUAAUCUGUGUUAGAAGCGCCCACAAAUAUACAUAUAUAUAUAUUUAAAUAUAUAUAACCGAUCUGGUGGAGCUGUGCUAUGUCUUCGGGAAUGACAGGACAGACACCCUGUCUAACCAGCCGUUGGGAUCAGCCAGCUGCACCUAAACAGAAUGGAGGUGUACAACAGCAGAGAAGUAUUGGAAGUGCUGUCUCUUUAUCAGGAGUUGUCAGCGCUGCUGGUUCAAACAGCACAGUUUCACAGCCAUCAGGAAUGGGCGAAGGGGAAGCUCCUCAGGGAGGAGUUGAGAUGGCUGCAGCAAUGGCUGCUAAAAUAAAUGCCAUGCUAAUGGCAAAGGGAAAGCUUUUAACUCCACCACCAUUACCUGCAAAGAUGCCUCCAGGUAUUCCUGUACCAACUGCUACAGAAGAGAUGGUGGUCACGGAGGUUGAUAUAAAUGAUGUGCCGAUAAAUUGCAGGGAUCUUCUUACUAAAGGCAAAACACAAGAGGAAAUCCGCCAGUUUAGUGGAGCUGUUGUUUCAACAAAAGGUCAUUACAUGGCUGAUGCUGAAAAGGAGAAAGGAGGAGGACAAAGACCUUUGUAUUUGCAUGUCCAGGGAAAGAACCAAGAUCAAGUAAAUAAGGCCGUCAUAAGGAUAAAGGAGAUCAUCUCUGAGGAGGUGCUGAGGGCUUCUGCAGCAUCAGGAGGACAACAGGUUCCUGUAAUGCCGCCUCUCACACUGUACCCUCAGCCGCCUCGACCCGUCAUUCCCCCUUCUGUGCCACGGACGUCCAGCAACACGUCAGCGGGAAGCCAGGGUCAUCGGCCUGCAGCGCCUCAUACAGGGAGUUUUGUCCACACAAAGAUUUUUGUGGGUCUGGACCAGGCGUUGCCUUCAUUCAGUGUAAAGGAAAAGGUUGAGGGUCCAGGAGGUUCGUACCUCAGUCACAUCCAGACGGAAACGGGGGCUCGAGUAUUCCUAAGAGGGAAAGGGUCUGGUUACAUAGAACAGGCAUCAAAACGAGAAUCUUUUGAGCCUCUCUAUGUCUACAUCAGCCACCCAAAUGCUGCUGGAUUAGAGUCGGCAAAGAAGCUCACGGAGAGUCUGUUGGAAACUGUGAGAGAUGAACAUGCCCAACUGGUGUCCAUGUACACAGCCACAGGCUCAACCCAACCGUACCCAGCACAUGGAUUUCCUCCUAAUAGCAAUUACUCUAACCAAGGGUCCUGGUAUAACUACCCGGCAAAUGGGUAUGCUGGCGGCUAUGCAGCGUAUCCAGGAGCUGGUGGUUAUUGGAGUAAUGCAAAUGGUCCUCCAAGUCAUUCUAACAUGUCGACAAACCCUCCAUCUUCCCAGGCAAUGGUUCAGUAUCCAGUGUGUCCCAGGAAACAGCAUCCCUACCUAGUCCAGAAUCCAGGCAGCAGUGAGACUGUAGAGCCUGAAGGAUCUUCAACCACUGCGCCUAACUCAGGAAGCCCCAAACGUCAUGUCCAGGGAGGGGCUAAAGAUGAACAGCCUACCAGCGGCUCUCCGGAAGGUCCCACUCAUCUGGAGUCCGCCCUUCCUGAUUCAAGUGCUGAAGAGGAGGAAGUAGUUGAUAGCAUUCUGAUGCCUCCACCACCACCUGUCUUUGUGGCUCCUGGACCUGUCGCACGCAAGAGGACGAAAGAGGCAGUAACAGAAGAUCCAGCUAGUCUGCCCAGAAGCACCGCAUCAAUGGGUGUUCAAGAAGAAGUUUGCGUGAAGAAGACUAAAUUGAAUGAUGAUACCUCGGGACUGGUGCCUUAUGGAGGAGAUUCCUCCGAUGACGAGGAGGAGAGAACACGCUGCAGUAAGACAGAGAACUCAUAACCUCUGCCCGCCCCAUGCCCACUGACCCAGGAUAUCCACAGACCUGAAGCCUACACUCAGUAUGUCAACACAAUUCUCAAACUUAACGGAAAAGGAAAAGUCUACCCUUAUAUUUCCAUACAUUCUGUUUGGACUACACACGUGUUUUCACGUUCCACUCACUCUCCUUAACAGGGAAUAAAUAUAUAUUUCCCUGCAAGCAGGUCUGGUUUUCAUAUCUCCAUGUAUCUCUAUGGAGUACUUCUGUACAAAAUUCUGUCACAACUUUACUUACUUAGGUCCAUUUUAGGACUUAAACUAUUAGUUUAAUUCAGUGUCAGGGUACCAGUCUUUAAAAGACAUUAAUGUACAGUACCAGUCCCUAGCACCAUGUCUGGAUGCCAAAAUAAAAUUGGUUUCAAUUAUAAUAACCAGACUUUGGUGCUUUGCUGUUGUCUUAAGGAAACAGUUAUAAUUUCAUGUCCCCUUUUCUAGGCUUUGCUUUUGCUGUAGAUUUAAUUUUGUGCAAUCCAUCACACAUGAGUUGCUUUUAGUCAAAGGUGAACAUAUUUACAUUGAUGUCCACCUUUUUAAAGAUAAUGAAAAUAUACAAAUAUACCUGCCAAAUAGCAUAACAGGCAUUUUAGAAACACACACACACAUUGUGUUCUCAUUGCGUGGAUUCUCAGCCACUGAGGUCACGGAUGACUGAUGCUUCAAGCCUUUGAGGAUUUCAUUACAUUAUUCCCCUCCUAUGAAAAUCCUCUCUCCUUUUUUUUUUUUAUUUUCGCUGCGUUAAUACCUUCCAAUAUUUUGAAAUAAAUGGCUAAAAAUAGCUAUUAAAUAAAUCGGUCUACAAAAAGUUUCCACUUCAUUAGUGGCAAUCUUGAGUCCGGAAAUAUGGAGGAUGGACUUUUCCUUUUUAUCAAGUGAUUACAAAUGUAUAUUAACUACAAAUGUUUUUUUUUCUUGUUUAUAAUUAUUUUUAUUUUAUUUUUUUUCUCCAACUCAUCUUUUGUUAGUCAAAAAACAAUUUAUAAUUUCCCAUUUGGAUUUCCACACCUGGUUGGCUGCAGUUACAGAUGGGUUUAAAUACAUAAUGUAAAAUUCAGUGAACCCUUUUCUUAUCUUGGAAAAUGGUGUAUGCCUGUUCCCAUGGAAUAAAUAUAAUAAAAACACA